AAAAAACAAAAAAGUAAGAAAUAAAUAAAUAAAUCAUCCAAUUUCUUCUACCUCUCCACCAAACUGUUCCUUCUUCGUUAGAUUUUUUUUUUCUUUCGGAUUCAGCGCUUAGGGUUUCGAUAAUCUCUGUUUGGCUUGCUUUUCCAAGUGGCUUUCCGAUGGAUGAUGCGGGGCAUCGUGAAAAUGGGAGGCACAAGGGUGAUCAGUUUAAACCAACUCAGGGUCAGGUAUCUGGAAUUAGUUUUCAGAACACAUGGAUGAUGCAACAUCAGCCAACAAUGAAACAGAUAAUGGCCAUAAUGACUGAAAGAGAUGCAGCUAUUCAAGAAAGAAACCUGGCCCUUUCUGAGAAAAAGGCUGCCCUUGCUGAGAGAGACAUGGCAUUCCUUCAGCGUGAUGCAGCCAUAGCAGAACGAAACAAUGCCAUGCUAGAGCGAGAUAAUGCCAUUGCAACCCUCCAGUAUCGGGAGAACUCAAUGAGUAAUGGUAAUAUGUCUUCAUGUCCGCCAGGAUGCCAAAUUUCACGCGGGGUGAAGCAUAUGCACCACCCACAACAGCAUGUACAUCAGCUGCAACAUAUAAAUGAAGCUUCAUACAGUACAAGGGAAAUGAACACAAGUGAUUCACUCCCAAUGUCAGCAGAUACUUCGGAUGCUGUAAAGUCACGAAGGGGGAAGAGAAUCAAGGAGCCCAAGCCAAUAUCACCAAAUAAGAGGGCUCCCAAACCUCCAAGAAAAAUUAAGAAAGAGAGUGAGGAGUUGAACAAGAUGACUUUUGUCAAGUCACAGGAGUGGAAGGGCGGGCAGAGUAUGGUUGGAGAAGGUGAUGAGGAUAACAAACAGUUGGUUGUGUCUAAGUCUGAUUGGAAAGGUCAGGACUUGGGGUUGAACCAGGUUGUAUACGACGAGUCAACCAUGCCAGCGCCUGUAUGCUCCUGCACUGGAGUUCUUAGACAAUGCUACAAGUGGGGGAAUGGGGGUUGGCAGUCUUCAUGUUGCACGACCACCAUGUCAAUGUAUCCACUACCAUCUGUGCCCAACAAAAGGCAUGCUCGAGUUGGCGGUCGGAAAAUGAGCGGGAGUGCUUUCAACAAGCUGCUUAGUCGUCUUGCAGCCGAAGGGCACGAUCUUUCAAAUCCUGUUGAUCUCAAGGAUAAUUGGGCCAAGCAUGGAACUAACCGUUACAUCACAAUCAAGUAAGAUUAGAGUAAAACUGAACUGAAUUGGAGGGAAAUAAGGGUAAGAAAAAGGCACGUAGUAAUCAAAUAGGCGUUUUUGACACGAGCCACACAGAAUGCUGCAUUUGGGUAAAUUUGGUCCGGUCUCCUUGGAAAAUCUACUCUCUCUCUCUGUCGCUGUCUCUCUCUCUCUCUCCCCCCCUCUCUCUCCCCCCCUCUUUAUAUCAUCAAAUUCGAUCUUAAAGAAAGGACAAGAUCUCGUUUUCUUCCAAUUAGAAAAAUGAGUUUAUGGAACAAGAUUGUGUAAAGCUAUGGUGACUUAACAUGAAACUAUUCUGGAACAAGAUUGUGUAAAGCUAUGGUGACUUAACAUGAAACUAUUCUGGAACAAGAUUGUGUAAAGCCGUGGUGGUGACUUAACAUGAAAUUAGCCACUUUAAAUAUAGGGAACCGCUCAGAUCUUCAUGUUGAGGAUGAUUUUAGAUUUUCAAAUGCCCAAAUUAAUUUGGGAUUUCCCAAUCAAGAGAUAGUUCUAAUGUCAA